AUGCUAUUCUACUUUCUUAUACUCUCAAUACUUUCAGUGAUUGAAUUUCAACCGAGUGAUGUGGGCAUGGAGUAUUCGCGUGUCAGCGAAGCAGAAAUAACGAUUAUUCUAGGCAUUAGUACCUUACGUGAGCAGCAAGGCAUUAUUAUCAGAAAUGAAAACUUAAUGGGAAGCAAUGGGGUUCGAUAUCCAAUAGAGUUAUUAAUCACAGUGGAGCCCGUCUCAGUGAUUGAUAUUCUUGUUAGUGAAAUAAGCCCCUUCAUACCCUCAAGAAUUAUUCAAGUAGAGGAUAUGCUAUGUGGCUCUACUACACUGAACAAUCCGUGCAUGGGGAAAAAAACCCUAUGCUGUGUGGACCUGUACAAGGGGGUGAACUACUUUAGAUGCUAUGCUUCUGCUGACGUACGCUAUAGAAGAUAUGAAUGGGGUGAUAUCUCCUCAAUUGUUGGCUUUAAUAUUCAUGUGAAAGGCAUAACAGAGCAAGCUGAAUAUAAGCUUUUCAAUCCUGACUACAAUCUUAUAACACAGAUUGAUAAUCUAAGAUUGCAUUUUUCCUUCCGCGCUGACAACUCUGUGGAAGGGGUGCUCUCUUCCCUUCAGAAACACACCAUAAUUCAAACUUCUGACUCGGAAUCAAUCGAUAGCUUGCGUGUCCUAUUUGCAGGAGACUUACUCAUAUCCACCGAAGAUGAAUGGGCCAGUCAGUCUUCAUGCUACAUAGAGGCUGACGAGGAAUUCAAUCUUGCUCGCGACACAAUUGGAUUGUCUCAAAUCGUGGGGAGCGAAUAUAGUGGGUUCUUAUCAGAUAACAUAAUCCACCUUGUAGGGAAUUUAGACAUGAUCUUUUAUCUCACUAUUUCAGCUAGUAAAUAA